UAAUGAAAUUACUAUACAUAUAUGCUGAUCACGAUGUCUCUAGUUUUCAAUUACACUUGACAUUUAGACCUUAUUUUAAAAAAUAUUGUUUCAUAUAUUUUACAGAAGUGAAGGUAUGAUUUACAUAUUAUGUAGAACACGAAAGAAAGUAGUGGGAGAUCUGGCAUAAGAAACUUAACGUACGAAUAUUUUAUUAAUUCUACUCUUUAGUUCACUGCACGUAGUCUGAUUUUAUAUUUGAGCCAUACUUCGCCUUACCUUCCUGUUUUUCUUAUUUCAUAUCCCUACCCAGAGUGAUUGGAAAGUUUCUCUUAGGUCCAUGAGAGAAACACAGUCAGUUGUCUGAUUUCUCUCGCGUAUUAUUAGUGAACAUCAAGAGAAUUCGAUUCACCUGACGCGAUUUCUGUUCUUAUUGAUAAAAAUUAUAAAGAUAAAAUCAUUCAACACAAUAAUGGAAGAUUCAACGUCGUGUUCAACGAGAAAAAAAGAUGAGCCAGGCAAAGAACUUUGUGACGAACUUCUUUCCGAGGCUAAAAGUGAAUUUCGCGAGGAAGUUUUAUCGGAUGAAUCAAGUAAAAACGAGUUUGUGAACCUAGCGUCGAUAAAAAAUAAACUAGAGCAGUUGCCGAAGUUAAUUGUGUAUGGAAAAGAACUGAAAGUCGUAAUAACCAUCGAUGAUGAACUUAAAGAAAAGGCUCGGGAGGAACUUCGUGAGACGCCGGAAGUGGUUGCUGAAGCCCUAAAAGAUAUCAGGAAAUUACUGAAAGGAGAUAGCGACUUAUUCAUACCGGAUCAUGACGAAUUCUUAACGAUAUUCUUACGACCAUGCAAGUGGUAUCCAACUAGUGCGUUUCACUUGAUUCAAAGAUAUUAUCAAUUCCACUUAAAUUACCCGUACAUAGUGAAGAACCUAACACCAAGGGAUUUAAAAAAAUGUUUAUGUUCGGAUUUACUAAUACCUCUUCCGACAGAAUGCAUUGAUGGUAGUAGACUUGUGAUUGUACACGGUGGAGGAAGAUGGAAACCAAAGGAACAUAGCAUCUAUGAAUUAUUUAGAUGCCUAGUAAUUCUGUUGGAAGCUGCUAUUAAGGAACCAAAAACGCAGAUCACCGGUGUACAAGUGAUCAUCGAUGCGAAAAAUUUAUCAUUCAGUCACGUGCCACACAUUACACCAAAAUUUGCAGCUAUGAUAGUGGAUUGGAUUCAAAGAUGUUUGCCGUGUCGUCUGAAGAACAUCCAUGUUAUUAAUCAGCCUUUCAUAACCAAUAUGAUCUUUUCUAUCUUCAAACCUUUUUUAGCGGAAAAACUCUAUAAAAGAAUUCACUUUCACGGGACAAAUAGAGAAAAGUUGAUAAGUAUGAUAGGUAAGGAAGCGUUGCCUAAAGAGUACGGUGGUUCGGAACUGUCUGAAAGUCCUAUGGGAGAAGAUAUCUGGCAUUUCUUGUGUCAUUGGCAAGAGGAAUUCGAAAAUUCUUUUAAAUACGGUUACAAUAAAAAGAAGAAGUGAGAAAAAAAUGUUAAUUAAUAUGAACGUUCAAUUCGAUUUUUGUCAUAUCAUCGUCAUACGAUGUAAAAACUUUUAAUAACAACGUUCAUCGAAACUAUUUUGCAUGUAAUUUCUUUGUUUGCUGUUCUUCUUUUUUUAAUGUUUUAUGUUAUGCAAUAACCUUCAAAGUUUGUCUUGUUAAUUAUUCGAUCAAUUAUGAAAAGGGAUAUUAAUUUAUUGUUAAAUUCUAAUUUAUAUAUUCUCAUUUGAUGAAAGUCUGCUUAUCUAUAAUUUAUCUAAGAAUAAAGAACAACGACAUUGCACAUACAGGAAAUAAUAAUUUUUGCGAUAAGCGAUAAACGAGCUCGCCGAUUUCUUGCUUUAUCAGAAACUUUAUAAUAACGACGAAUGAAUGUGGUUUAUAUACCAAAUAAGUUAUUGUCGUUAUAUAAAACGUGAUCUUAUAUUUUGAUGAAUGCGCAAUCAAAUCGUUUUAUAACGUAAAAUAAUCGAAGUGUAACACUAGUGAAUGAUCUAACAAAAAGGAAAGGUGAAUAUAGAGAGAAUAAAAAUGAAUUAAAAUUAUAAAUAAUA